AUCCGUACUUGGCGUAAACCCCAGAUAAAUUUCAGAGCUUGCGUCCUGGACCUCCUGGUCUCUCGCUCUCCGAGCUCCGAUUCUGGCUGAUGCUUGCUGGACUGGAAGCUUUUCGUAAAAAUCGGCAAUUCAGUCAUCUUACAAGAGAAGGCUAGUUCAAGAAAAUUAGAACAAGAAUGAGUGUCUUUUGUCAUGAGUGUGGCAAUGUCAGCUUCAUCGAUGGUGAGGAUGGCUUCCUUUAUUGUAAUGGCUGCAGUGCACGAAUGGAUGAUUACAUGGAGACUGAGAUUGAUACCGAUGAGAUGCCUAGCGGUAAACAAGCUAUUUACUCCGUCAGACACGGUCAUCGUUCCAGCUGUGAUGAACUUCGGCAAUCUCAGCUUAACAUAGUACCUGAAGGGGUCGAAGGCGGUGGUGAUGCGUUUGUAGAUAAUGGAGAUGGACCUACUGGGCCCAGUGAUUUUGGAUAUACUCCUUCAAACUUAAGUUAUGAUGACCAUUAUUCGGAGAUCAGAUCAAGGUACGUGAAGGGGUUUCAGAUUAUGAUCCAGUUGCAAGUUAAGGCUUUGUUGGAGAAGUUCAAUGCAAGCCCGCUAAUUGUUGGACUGGUAGGACCUAUAUGGUUAAGGUUUCUAGCUGUUACCAAAAUCAUGGCUGAUGAGUGGGCAGAUGACGCUAUUCAUGAAUCAGAGUCUCAUAUUCAAGAUGAAGGAAAAACUUUUCAACCUCGUUUCAAGCAUCGGACCGAACCGCAUAGCAUGUUUGGGCAGCGGGCUGUUACAAUAUGGCACAGAUCCUUGCGUGAAAAACUCCCAUUAUCUUAUUCUUUGGCUAUAAGUUUUCUUGUUUGCCAUUUAUCAAGAGAGUCAGUAUUGCCUACAGAUAUAAUAAAGUGGGUCCUUGAAGAAAAGCUUCCAUAUAUAUCCGCUUUUAUUGAAAUUGAGAAACAAAUUGGAUACCCUUCCAGUGCAUGUCCUAUCAGAUCCUAUUGUAUGUUCAGACCUACUAAAGUCAUUUCCUUUCAACGGUUGGAAGCAUUGGCGGCUUAUAUUGCCCAGAAGAUAGGUUUGGAAUUGCCUCCAGUGAACUUUCACGGGAUAGCUUCCCGCUUUCUAGUUUACUUGUCUGUUCCUGUCAACGACAUUCUUCGGCAGGCAUGCCAAAUCUGUGAGUGGUCUAUGCCUCCAGAUUUAUUUAUCUCUGCCAACAUGGCGCGGCUACCUACACGUGUAUGUGUGAUGGCUAUACUGAUUGUAACGAUAAGGAUCGUUUAUGAUAUAAAUGGUUUCGGAAAGUGGGAAGGGAGUUUGUUAAGUUCCAGCAGUUCACCUUCUGAUGAAGGAAAUGUAAAUAAACAUGUGAAUAGUCUUUUUGCAACUGAUGAUACUGAAGAGAAAUUCCCUUCUCUUUAUGAAAAUGCAUCAGAUGAUGAAGACUUUGAAUUGGACACUGUAUCCCUUCUAAAGAUGCUCCAAACUAAACACUCUGAAACCCGAGAUGCACAUGAUUAUUCAGGAGAUUUGUCAUCGUAUCUUAAAUAUUGCAAGGAAGUGAUCUUUACUGGUUCAGGCCCAUCCUUUGAGGAUCAUGAGGAGGAAAACAUAAUUCGGGAGCUCUGGGCUUUUUAUCACAAUGAGGGUAUGAAACAGCUGAGUGAUCAAGAAAUGUGCAGGCAGCCUCGUGAUUUGUGCGGGAACAUAUUUACAGCUGCGGAUGACAUACCAAGGAAAUGCAAUGAUCAUGAAGCUGCCGAGUGUAAUGGCAUCCCGUUACAAGAUGCCUCAAAAAGUGCUACGAACCAGAAAGACAAAACUCAAUCUUCGAUUGAGGCACGUAGAGAUGAAGCAAUAAGACAACUAAAACUGGACAUGGAUGAAAACAGAUUUUCCUACAUUCCACCAAGACGGCAAACGAAGAAAUUGGGGUACAUUUAUUAUUCCAGGAAGAAAAUGGAAGGCAGCUACGUGUAUGCUUGCCACGCAGAUUAUUACAUCUUACUCCGUGCCUGCGCUGGGGUUGCUCAAAUUGAUCCGAGAGUCCUGCAUUUUGGUGUACUGAAGUUGGAAAGGCGAUUGAAACAACUGGAGGGAAUGAUCGAUCAGCUUUACCACUGUCAAAAACCCAGAAGAGAAUGUGAUUCUCCUGCUAUAGUUAAAAGGAUAUGAAUAGACUUCUACGAACUGUCUCGGAGAAAGAAUGGAUUGUGUAGUUCCACAAAUCAGAGGGGUGAAUCCUACACUAAAGAUGCUCUACCUCAUACCGGAACCACGCCAAUACUGUUAGUCUAAAGAUAUGCCCUCAAGGUGAUGUACUGGAAAAUUUGACGACUGGAAGAAUUGGGAAGUUAUCUGUACCCACAAAACUAAUCAUGAGUAGGGGAGCGAAAUCAGGGUGUGUUUGGUUUGGAAUUGGGAUCCGUCUGAAAAUGUAAUUAAUAUUAUGAAGUUGAUUAGGAAAAUUUCUAGAAAAACUACAAGGAAUGAUGUGUCUAUUAUCUAACUAAACUAUGCCCUCGUUAGUAAGAUACAUUAAAUAUAUCAUGAUGAAGUCAUGAUUUUAGCUCACCUGGGGGGACAUUUAACCGAGUUAAUCGAGUUAAUUCACCGGAACUGUAUUAACCUAGAUUAUUAGGCAAUAUUCCUCCAUUGUACUAAAAAAAUUAAAUUAUUUCCUAAUUUUAAAUGCUUAAAAUCAUGUAUGAAAAAUUAAAAAAAUGAUUGGUUU